CCAAUAGUAGCAGAGCUCCAUCUUAGCUGUACCAAAGGCUGUAUUAAACUGCAGAUCAGCACUGUUCCAGCAUCCUUUCUGAAAAGAGAGAAGCUGCAGAGAGCGAGAGAACGCAGAGGACUAUCAAAACAUGGCAACAUUCAACAUUAGCCGUAUGAAUGAAACUGCAGCCCUCUACCAGAACCUUGGCUUUCAAGUGCAGAAAAUUUAUCCCUUUCAUGACAACUGGAACACUGCCUGCUUUGUCAUUCUGAUCAUAUUUAUAUUUACUGUAAUAUGUUUGGUGGUGCUAGCUUUCUUAUAUGAGCUGCUUGACUGUUGCUGCUGCGUGAAAAAUAAAACUGUGAAAGAUUUAGAGAAUGAACCCAAUCCUGUCAGAUCUAUGAUGGACAGCUUCAGGAAACGUGAAACAGAAGUGGUGUAGUGGCGGACUGAUCACUAGCACCUCCAUCAAAACAGAUAUUCAGCAUCAUAAUGAAGCCUCUUGCAUCUUAGGACCAAGCAAGUCAGAUUCUGUUUAGCCUUAAAUGUAAUUAUUAGCACCAUUUUUGUUAACUGGUGGAUAGAAACUUGAACAGUUCACAAAAUGAUUAAUAAUGGAUUGUCAGUCACAGUGUUAUGUGGAAAUGGGUAUUUUUUAAAAUGUUUUAUCAUGAAUUUGUGUUGACUGGAAUUCAUGAUUUCAGUAAAAUU